AUGCGUAGCUUCUCCAGUCUCUUCGUGGCGUUGGCAGCGCUGUUGGCGUCAGCCAACAUUGUCACGGCAGCCAACUGCAACACCGACGUCCAGUACAGCUGUGGUGUCGACCCAGGCUCCAUCUGCUGCGACUACGGUCUUAUGUGUGCUGGUCAUAGCGGCGAGUACUACUGCGACGACGGAUCGCCGUAA